CUAUUUCAAAAUGAGAAUUGCUCUCGCGAUUGAAAUUUUUCUUCUGGCCAUUUGUCCAUUUUCUGUGGCGAAGAAUAACCUUGAACAGGCAAAACACGAAUUCACAAAUCUACGAGGUGAUUUAGCGGGCCCAAAAAGGACGAGUGAUAUUUUGUUUCUUUUGGACACCUCCGGAAGCUUAUCCUCAUCGGACUUCAACGUUGAAAAGAAAUUCGUCACGAACUUUCUAAACAUGAUAACAGUAAGUAUUGAAGCAGCCAGAGUAGAGGUCAUACCUUUUGGUGAUAAAGCAAGCCGAUACAUAGACGGAGUCUCGAGUCCCUCCUCGGUCAAGCACAAGUGUCAUCUGAACGAUAGACUAAAAAAUAUGUCUCAGAGCAUCAAUGGUUGGCUGACGAAUACGAAGGACGCCUUUAAGCUGGCCUACGAUGUCUGCCUUGGGGCAUUAAGCGCUUACAAACGACCCUACUCCUUUGAUAUGAGAACAGUUGUUAUCCUCAUAACGGACGGCUAUGCGACUGUUCCAUUUAACGAUCCAAACCCUGUCAGUGAUGCCCGGAGACUCUAUGAAUCGGGGAAGGUGGAGGUCUUUGCAAUUGGUGUCGGAUACGUGGGCGUGUCCUACAUUCGAAGUUUGGUGAAAGAUCCAGCUAAACAAGCAUUUCAUUUGCAAAACUUUAACCAGCUACAGGAGUUGUCUCUCGUCCUUAAGGGAGGUAAGUAGAAUGAAAGAUAAAUUUCCAGUUUACCUCAUAACAAGCAUGAAAUGCUUCCCGCGAGAGCCAUAUUAUGGCUCUUGUUCCCGGUGAUAGAACUGUAAAUAAGUACUCAGUACAGAGUGAAAUAUUUGUAAUAUAUGUGUAAGAUCAAUUAUUGUAUCUCUGUCCGUUAAUUAUCUAUUUCACUGAUACCAUUUCAAUGAAUUUCAAUAGAUCUUUUGUUACCUUCAGGGAGACUACUUGUAAAAGCCCGUAAGUGUUUCUUUAGUCUUCCUCCCAAAUUUAUUACAUUGUAACACACCGUAUGUACUGUAUAAUAUUAUGGGAAAUAAUAAACUCAACUCAACUCAACAAUUAUUCCCAGGGGUACGCAACGACAGUUUUCUCCAGUUUUUCUCUCAGCCUUUUUAGGCUAUUCAGAGCUAUUCAGAGUACUUUUAGAUCUCCAGAAAAGCAUUCUAAGCGGCGCUAUAAAAUUUGUAUCUGUUUGGUCACCCUAGAGAAACUUGAGGCUUUUCGAAAUUUUGAGAGCUUCAGUAUCAUUUUCCCGAAAAAUUCUAGAUACAAUUUAACGUUUUACGAAAGUGAAAAUUGUUCUAACUCCCUUCUCCGUCAAAUUUUUGACUCCGAAAAUUUUAGGUUUCCUUUUUUUACGAAAAAUAGCCUAUCCUGGGGAGUGAAAUUUGCAAAAUUAAACUUUAGAAAAUCCUAGGAAAUUUAUUAGAUGAUAAGCUUCGAAAAUUGUACAUGAAUGGAACAGUCAUAGCCGUUCUCAAGUACUAGAAAUUUCCAGGCAAUAUUUGUCUCGCCGAACAGAUAUUUUACCGAAACUAGUCGUUGGGUGCUCCUGAAUUCUUAGAGAAGAGAAAAUUAUAGCUAUCGAUCACGCUGUCAGUACAGCAGACCGGGGUUCCAAACUAAAAACUAGAAAAGGAACUAAUACGUCACGCAAAUAUGAAGAGUUGCUACCAACAGGUUAAAAUAAUCAUUGAAAUACUACGGCCCUGAAACGGAAAACACACGUAAAACCCAAAAGGAAACAAAAACGGGCAAAAUUGUAGAAGAUCUUAAAACUUAAUUUAGUAUUCCCUUUAAUAUCUUAAUGGAAAUUUUACGGCUUUUUAAAUGAUUUCCAAAGGGGAAACUUAACCUUCAACUUUGGCAUGAUCUAUUAUAUAAUUAUCUGUGAGUGUCGCAUUGACUUUCCUGCAGGUUUCCCCUGAAGUGCAGGCUAAACUAUUUUACUUUGGUUUUACUUUAACACCAGCAACUAGAGAGCAGACACUUGAGCUUUGGGCGCUCGAGGCUUGGGUGCGUCUAUGUUUUUCAAGGAGGGCGCCUUGUAAAAACGAUUUUGAGGACAAAAAAAACCGACAAAUCGUUUUGCAAUCCAUAGAGACUAAGCUAUAUGGACUUUUUCUGUCUUUACUUUUUCCAGAUCCGAGUCCAAGUGGCUCAUCAUAUCAGCCUGCACACUCCCAAAAUUGUUAUUACACGUGCGACUUAAAAGCAACAUGUGUCUGUGACGCACUAUUCGGGACUCACAGAUGCUGGUGUCUGGAAGGAUACGUGGGAUCCGGACACACAGGAAAAUGUCGCAGUAAGUUUACAACCAACAGUAUGAAUAAAAAUUAGAUACAAAUAUUGAAAGAUUUUUUUGGGGGGAGGGAGGGGUUGUGUAUGAUAGGCCCGUUGAUCAUUUGCCUCACAAAAGGUUAGUCACCUCGUUACAUUGCGACAAGGGAGGACAGCCAGAAACUGUUGUGGCCACGUGUCGACCGCAGCAUGGUCUUCAUCAUGGUGACGAUUAUCAGAGCGAUCGGCGCAUUCGAUCAGAAUCAUUAUUAAAAUUAAAGAAUGACAUUUAUUGAUUAUAUUAUGUGGGCUGCUGAAAGGCUAUCGUUCUAAAAAUAUCGAGAACUUAUCGGAACUUUUUGGAAAAAAAAUUUAAAAAAGGAUUACAUUAACUAAUCCUUCUUACAGAACAGGUCAGUAAACUCACAAAUUUUAUAUCAAUUUCUAAAUAAAUUUUUUUAGACCGGGCUGGUUAAUAUAACGUGAUGCUAUGGUGGAAAACCGGCGUGGUUAAGAAUUCAAGUUGGUUCCAACUAUCUCAGGUCGAAUCUGUUGUUUAAAGAUUGACAAUUGAUCACAAUCGAUACAAAAAUCAAAUUUUACUGAUAUUUACAUAACAUUUUUCUCAAUUCCUAUGCCUAUGAGCGGAGCUUCCUUAUAAAAGAAGGCCUCGGUAAAACGAGCGAUAUUCUUCGCCCCAUUAUGAAUAGUAAAACAUGAAAAGAAAAGAACUUGAUAUAACGAAACUUCUCAUUAACGAACAUAAUUUACCAAUCCAUUAUCCCUUCGUUUUAGCAAGGUUUAAAGAAUUAGGGACCAUGCUUUACCUUUUUAACUCCCUGACUAGAUUUAUUUUAUUGUUGUACAGAAAUCGAAGACAAGAAAACAAAGUGAACAAUUGGCUGACGCCUCAGGAUAGAGUACAGCCGAGGAAACUCUAUUUGUUUGUAUUAACUGAGAGUAGUUAAAUGCUAGUAAUGGAAAUGGAACAAACAUGAACAAAACAAGCUUUAAUUUAACUC